AUGUCGCUGACGGCGUUCCAGCCACAUGUUUACCAACAAGGGGUCUUUCCAAUGAAACACGUGCAGUCCCGGCUGGAAAUGCUGGGCGACACGAUCUAUGCCACGGUGGUGCCUGAGAUGGAGGAGGGGGAGCUGAAGAAGAGCGUGCACCCCAUGGUGCUGGAGUACUUUGAGCAUGGAGACCCCCUGGAGGUGGUGGGCGACACGAUCUAUGCCACGGUGGUGCCUGAGAUGGAGGAGGGGGAGCUGAAGAAGAGCGUGCACCCCAUGGUGCUGGAGUACUUUGAGCAUGGAGACCCCCUGGAGGUGGUGGAGCUGCUUCGGGGCCUGAACCUGGGGGGCCACAAGGCAGCGGUGCCCUCCCUGGCCGUGGCGCUCUCUCUGGAGGGCAAGGCCAGCCACCGGGAGCUGACCUCGCGCCUGCUGUCGGACCUGGUGGGAAAGGUGCUGAGCCCCGCGGACAUGGCGGCGGCGUUCGACGGGAUGCUGCGUGACCUCCCCGACCUGAUUCUCGACACGCCGGAGGCCCCGCAGAUGCUGGGCCAGUUCAUCGCCCGGGCCGUGGCCGACCACGCCUUGCCACUUGACUUCCUCGAGCGCUACAAGGGGCGUGUCGACUGUGAGCACGCGCGGGCCGCCCUGGAUCGCGCCGCUGUCCUCCUGCGGAUCAAGCAAGACGUCAACCGCUUGGACAACGUCUGGGGCGUGGGGGGCGGCCAGAGACCUGUCAAGCACCUUAUCAAGGAGGGCUUCCAGCGGGUGUAUGAUGAGCUUGGAGACAUCAGCCUGGAUGUUCCUCUGGCGCACAACAUCCUGGAGCGCCUGGUGGACCUGUGCUUCGAGGAGGGGGUCAUCACCAAGCAGCUGAGGGACGCCUGCCCCGCCCGGUACGCUCCUGCCCCUUGGAUGCUCUCCUCCUCCUGGAGUGCUGGGCCAGGGAGCACGCUGGACGAGGCUGUGGUGAUGGUGCUGGAGUCCUCGGGCGAGAUGGCGGUUGCCAUGAUGAUGAAGCUGCUGAAGGUGCUGUGGGAGACGGGGCUGGUGACCCUGGACCAGAUGAACAGGGGCUUCCAGCGGGUGUAUGAUGAGCUUGGAGACAUCAGCCUGGAUGUUCCUCUGGCGCACAACAUCCUGGAGCGCCUGGUGGACCUGUGCUUCGAGGAGGGGGUCAUCACCAAGCAGCUGAGGGACGCCUGCCCCGCCCGGGGUCGGAAGCGCUUUGUCAGCGAAGGAGAUGGUGGACGAGUCAAGCAGUGAUUGGUUGCUGGCAGCCCUGACCUCUGGCCCCUCCCA